CGGAGGCACCGGCGCGGCCCCGGCUCGGGCUCCCUCGGCGUGGGCCGGGCAGCGGCCGGGCGGUGGCCCCACGGCUCGGGCAGGGGGCGUCCGAGCGUCCGCGCCCUCGGGCGGCGACGUGGCCCCGGCCCCGGCGACUGCCCCCCGCCUCCCGCACGCCCGGGUGCAGGUUUGGACUUCCGGAAGCUGGCCUCCUGGCUCCCAGCCCACGUGCUCACGUGACAUCAGGCAGCGCCUCUCACCUGCCCCGUGGUGACUUGUGCCUGGAGCAGAACCGUGGGCCCGGGCGUAGGUCAGUGCUACCCCUGGGCAGGACCCAAGGAACAGUGGCAGCCAUGCCUCCCCCUGUGCCAGCUGCCCCUUCCCUCCCGCACUGAUCUGAAUGGUGUGGGUGCCCUGGGGUCCCCAGAGGACUGACUGUCCAACCUUGCUUCACACGCUCAGCAACAACUCCCCAAUGUCGCUCCCGUGGCUGGUGGCCUGGAGCUGGUCGCUGGACGGCCUGAGGGACUGCAUCGCCACAGGCAUCCAGUCUGUGCGGGACUGUGAUACCACUGCUGUAGUCACCGUGGCCUGCCUGCUGGUCCUGUUUGUAUGGUACUGCUAUCACGUGGGCAGGGAGCAGCCCCGGCCCUACGCCUCGGUCAACGCCCUUAUGCAGGGCUCGGAUGCCAGCGGGCUGCAGAAUGGGUACGUGUACUGCCAGUCCCCUGAGUGCGUGCGCUGCACCCACAACGAGGGCCUCAACCAGAAACUCUACCACAACUUGCAGGAGUAUGCCAAGCGCUACUCCUGGUCUGGCAUGGGCCGCAUCCACAAGGGCAUCCGCGAGCAGGGCCGCUACCUCAACAGCCGGCCCUCCAUCCAGAAGCCCGAGGUCUUCUUCCUGCCCGACCUCCCCACUACGCCCUAUUUCUCCCGGGACGCACAGAAGCAUGAUGUGGAGCUGCUGGAACGGAACUUCCAGACCGUCCUGUGUGAGUUUGAGACCCUCUACAAAGCUUUCUCAAACUGCAGCCUCCCGCAAGGAUGGAAAAUGAACAGCACCCCCAGCGGGGAGUGGGUCACCUUUUACUUGGUCAAUCAGGGGGUCUGUGUCCCCAGGAACUGCAGGAAGUGCCCACGGACGUACCGCUUGCUUGGAAGCCUUCGGACCUGUAUUGGGAACAAUGUUUUUGGAAACGCAUGCAUCUCCGUGCUGAGCCCUGGGACGGUGAUAACGGAGCACUAUGGACCCACCAACAUCCGCAUCCGAUGCCAUUUAGGUCUGAAAACGCCAGGUGGUUGUGAGCUGGUGGUCGGGGGGGAGCCCCAGUGUUGGGCAGAAGGCCGCUGCCUCCUCUUUGACGACUCUUUCCUGCAUACUGCAUUCCACGAAGGUUCAGCAGAGGAUGGCCCACGGGUGGUUUUCAUGGUGGAUCUGUGGCAUCCAAAUGUGGCAGCAGCUGAACGGCAGGCCCUGGAUUUCAUCUUUGCUCCGGGACGAUGACAACCUUUUCCCAUGCUGCAGUCGGC